AUGAGCAGCGGGUCCGCGCUGCAGCGCUCAAGGGCACAGAAGCCGGACUCAGAAGACCUUGCGGGCCACAUCUACACGGAUGUCGACAUCGACUCAUCUACGAUUAAGCUCCUUUCCAAGAGCCAAAACGUUUCGAAGUUUCCGACAUUGGCGCUCACGCACUUCCACAUUUGCUCGGGCGACCCGAAUGCACAUCACGCCGUGGGCGAGCCUGUCGGACAAGACGUCGCGGCGCGCUUGCGCGAUCCCGGGUCGGAUCGGAUAGCGGUUUGCGCCUCGCGCAACGCCUUGCGGUUCAUGCUCAACGAAAAGCAGGUCGCGUGGCUCUACCUCUUGGAGGAGUGGGUCAUCGAGCGGCACGUCAUGGUGUUGCGCGUCAGUGGUUCACAUUAACUUACCACCUGAACCCGGACCUGGUUCCCGACGUCACCAAUGUUGGACUGUCAAUC